ACAGCAUACCUCCAAAGGGACCCAAAGCAGCUUUAUUAUGCCCUGGCUGUUUAGGCCUUAAGUAUACAUUAAGGUUUCAGCCUCAGUGACCAAAGCACCAUGUUCUCCUUGAAUUAAACAAGAGUGCUAGUUUUGAUAAUCUCCCCUUAUGUUUGUUGGCAAGGUAGAAGAAACCCAGUUAUGGUUGCUUCUGUGUUUUGUUCUUUUAUUAAUCAAGAAAGGGUAGGGAACAGGAUUCCAGCUAAAAUUCAAAAGGAUGUUUGUCAUUAAAUGGAUAGACCUAUAUAGUCUUGAAUGGAUCUGCCUAGAUAACAUUGUUGCUUUCCUUCAUUCAACCUUGAAAGAGCAAUAGUAUUUAUUGCUCUGUCCUGCUGCUGCCAUGCUUGCAUACCCAUUUUUCUCUCUAACAUACCAGGAAUCUUGCCUUAGGCCUGUUCUGUGGCUUGAGAUGCAUAGAAAUGGUCUUCCGAGUCCUCGUGGCUUAUUUUAAAGUCAGACAAGACCAAUGUGACCCUUCCAAUUUUAGGUUCAGAAAGCAUUCAGCAUGUGCCUAGUUCGGCUUCAGCUAUCCUUCCACAGUGACCAGCUCUGCUCCUGCUGCACUUCACCUGCUUGAUACUCCUCCCCAUUGGAUUGCUUGUUGGGAGUGGCUGACCUGUUCUCUGUCUUCCCUUUUUUUUUCCGCGCGAGGAUCCCUGGACAGAUCUCCUCUGAUAACCCGUCUGCAAUGCCAUCACCCAGGCAUCAAAUAGGUGACUGUGUGCUGGAUGGAAGAAACACCAGGAAAUAACAAGAAGUCCCUUUCUCCCCAGGCCGAACAUGCUGGUAUCCGGACUUACUUCUUCAGUGCUGAGAACAACGAGGAGCAGGAAUCCUGGAUUCAAGCCAUGGGCGAGGCUGCCCGGGUGCAAAUCCCACCCACUCAGAGGCAUGAGAAGACUGAUUCUGAAAACAUCCCUCCCAGCAAGAAUCACCAACAUCACCACCGCAGCAUUCAAACCAGGGAGACUGCCAAAGCUGAGCCAGAAGCCAAGACCAGAGGAGAAGGUGAUGGGCGUGGUUCUGAAAAAACUGAAAGGAAACAAGUAGAAAGCAAGAAGGAGCCCCUAGUAAAAGCCAAUGGCAUUGUGAGUCAAGAAGUUCCUUCUGAGCCUGGGAGCCCCUAUCCAGAAGCCUCUCGGGUACCAGCUGGAGUGGACAGGCCUACACAGCCAAAUGGCUGGCAAUACGCAUCUCCUAGCCGUCCUGGGAGCAUGGCUUUCCCACAGCAUGAUGGUGAGAUGGUAGUGUCUCGUCGGAGCUUUGCUCCUCGCACCAAUCCUGAUAAAAUUGCCCAGAGGAAGAGCUCCAUGACACAGUUGCAGCAGUGGGUGAACCUACGCCGUGGAGCUCCACCUCCUGAGGAUCUCCAUAGCCCUACUAGGUUCUAUCCAACAUCCCGAAGAGUCCCUGACUACUAUCCUCCCUAUUCACCCCAAUACUCUGAGGAUUACCAGUAUUACCCACCUGGUGUGCGUCCUGACAGUAUCUGCUCUAUGCCUGCCUAUGAGCGCAUGAGCCCUCAAUGGACAGUGGAUGAGAAAAGACACUCCUUCAGAAACAGUGGCUCAUACCAGCUACGGGAAUGGAAGGAACAGCCUGGCUAUGGCAGACAGGAUGUACCCAUCUGGAUUCCAGGCCCCACACGGCCACCAGUGUACUAUGAUGAAAUGGAUGCUGCCUCAGGCUCCCUGCGGAGGAUGUCACUCCAACCUCGCUCCCGAUCUGUCCCCCGCUCACCAAGCCAAGGUUCCUACAGCAGAGCCAGAGUAUACUCCCCUGUCAGGUCUCCAAGUGCCCGCUUUGAAAGAGUGCCUCCCCGGAAUGAGGAGAUAUACGCUGAGCCAACUUCAUAUAUGAUGAGGCGAUCGGUUAGUUCUCCAAAGUAUGAUUAUCUGGGUGACAGGAGGCCCGUUCCUGCAGGGAUGUUCCCCUUCAACUAUCCAGCAUCCCCUACGGUUCACGAUAAAAUGGAUGAACUGUUAGACCUUCAGUUGCAAAGAAACCUAGAGUAUUUGGACCAGCAGAUGAGCGAGAGCGAGACUUUGAUCAGUAUGGUGAACAGAAUGGUGGAGAGCUCCUCUCCUAGAGCUCAGCUGUACAUGCAAGUGUCUCAUUUCCCUGAAGCCUAUAGAGAGGCGCUGCACACCUACAAGAUAAGCGAGCAAGAUACAGAUAAGCUCUUGGGAAAGCUCUGUGAGCAAAACAAGGUGGUGAGGGAACAAGAGAGGCUGGUGCAGCAACUUCGUGCAGAAAAGGAGAGUCUAGAGAGUGCACUGAUGGGGACACACCAGGAGCUUGAGAUGUUUGGAAGCCAACCAGCCUACCCAGAAAAGUUGCUGCACAAAAAGGAGUCCCUCCAGAAUCAGCUGAUCAAUAUUCGAGUAGAGCUGUCCCAAGCCAGCACGGCACUGGCCAACAGCACCAUAGAAUAUGAGAACCUGGAGGGCGAGGUGUCAGCCUUGCAUGAUGACCUGUGGGAACAGCUGAACUUGGACAUUCAGAAUGAAAUGCUCAACCGGCAAAUCCAGAAAGAGAUCUGGCGAAUCCAGGAUGUGAUGGAAGGGUUGCGGAAGAACAACCCCUCUCGGGGAACAGACACUGCAAAGCAUAGAGUGACUCUUGGGCCAUCAGGAACCUACAGCUCUAAUAGUCCAGCCAGUCCAUUGAGCUCAGCCAGCCUCACAAGCCCCUUGAGCCCUUUCUCUCUCGUGUCAGGAUCCCAGAGCUCCCCUACCAAGCAAGGCAGCAAUGAGGAGACUGGUCCACCUCGACCUCCCCUCCCCAAAUCAUAUGUGCCCUUGGAAUCUCCUCCGACUGUCCCUCCGCUCCCUGUUGAAAGCCGCCUCUGGCCGUAUCCUAACUCCCCCUCCUGGCAGCAAAGCAGCGAGGCGAAGAGGGGACAGUCCAAAUCCAGCUAUGAACAGAGCAAGAAGGACCAUCAUCGGACAUCAGCUUCACAUUCUCCAGCAGAAACUGGUCUCUUGCAGACAAGGCAAGACCAAGAUGCUGAUAAGCAAGUGGCUCUCAAUAAAGUUGGCAUUGUUCCCCCAAGGACCAAGUCACCCAUGGAUGAUGACACCAUACCGACAUCAGGUGUGGUGAGAAGGAGUGCCAGUACCCUAUCUAAUGGGCUGAAUUCUCGUGACAGACCAAAGAGUGCAGUAUUUUCAAAUGAGGUGAAGGCAAAGAUGAGCGUUGAGGAGCAAAUUGAUCGCAUGAAGCGUCACCAGAGUGGUUCUAUGAAAGAGAAGAGAAGAAGCUUGCAGCUUCCAGCAAAUCAGCAGCAGACAGAGAGUCCUGUUUCUAAAGCUCCUGCCUCUUACAAAGUGGUGCGCAGACAUCGCAGCAUCCAUGAAGUGGACAUAUCAGAUCUGGAGGCAGCAUUACGCUCUGAAGACUCUAGCAAGAUGUAUGAGACCCCUCGGGAGGAAAUUGCUCGCCUGCGCAAAAUGGAGCUUGAGCCAGAGCAUUAUGAUGUGGACAUUAGCAAGGAGCUGUCCACCCCAGAAAAAGUCCUAAUUCCAGAAAGAUACAUUGAAUUGGAACCUGAUACACCACUGAGUCCAGAGGAGAUGAAGGAGAAACAGAAGAAAGUGGAAAGGAUAAAAACACUAAUUGCCAAAUCCAGCAUGCAGAAUGUGGUCCCACUCAAUGAGGGGGAAGUGGAUGUGUCCCAGGACCCUGAGACUCAGCUACAAGAGCAGGAGAAACGAAUAGAAAUCUCCUGUGCCUUGGCUGCAGAAGCUUCCCGCCGAGGUCGCAUGCUCUCUGCUCAAUGUGCCACCCCGAGCCCUCCCACUUCCCCAGCCUCCCUGACUCCACCGACCAAGUCCCUCUCGUCUGACUCAUCCCAGGGCGCCGACAGCCAUUUUAUGCGUGUCUGAGCCAUAAACACAGGCCCUGGCUGCUGUGAAUGCUGUGAAGUCCCGCGGAGCCACAUUUUAACACAAGUCGAAUCUGCAUCCUGACACAACCACUUAAUGAUGCACGCCACAUGGCCAUUGUUAUGGUCCCGUCAGAACACUCUUGCCUUUGAUUGAGCUGCAAAAACAUUCAGGAAGGAAAAGCUGCCUCUGAGGAGAAAGAGGAGUUUGUCUUUUACCUCCCAUAUCCUGUUGUCACUACUGCCAUGGCCCAUAUCAGCAACUUCUCUGGACAAGCCUUUUAGAAACUGUCACCAAUGCAGCUUGCAGAUCCUCUGCAUCAGCACAGAAGAUUCCAAGGCAAAAGGCCCAGUAGCUAAAGUUCCACUGUUGCCUGGCUGGCUUGGCAAGGAGACAUCACUGAAUGGAAAAGGGGAGGUGAAGUUUCCCACACUAAUUUAGCUGUCUCUUGGUUCUCUGUCCUCUUCCACCAAUAUUUGGACAGGAAGGGAGAGGAUGUCUGUGAAGAAUGACUUGUCGCUGCAGCCAGAGACGUUCUAACCCUAUACUGAGCACUAGAUUUAUCGUCUUCACACACCCCAGUUUGGUUUCCUCUACUAGCCAGAAUGGCUUUUGUAUCCUUAAUCUCAAGAGCUAAGCAAGCCUGUGCAUGGCCGCUCUUCUCUGCUUAUGCUCACAACCAUUUGUAGGAGAAAGAAGGAAGGGAGGGAGCAGGAAGAUGCAUGAAUGGAUUGAGAACUUUGUAGAUGUGGCCAAGGAAAGAAAAAGAAAGCUGCCAGUGAAGAAGGAGGUGAAACAGACAGAAAAGUGGAAUAAGCUUUGAGAUUUGUUAGUCUGAGGCAAUUUUCCUGUGGCUUUUCCCAAGCUUGAUGGGUGGACCAGAAGGUGUGGGCAGUGUACGUAGCUAGGUAGCAGGGGUGUGGAUGAAGGAUGUAAUGGGGAAGAGUAGUAAUGGAAAAGUUCAGUUGUCUGGGACUGGCCUCUAGGCAAAGGCUUGGAUGCAUUCUGUGAUCCAAUGAGGUCUGUUAGAUACAAAGGGUGUGUGUUUGGCAUCCCUGUUGGGGCUGGGAAGACCAUAUUUCUUUUCACACUGGAGUGAGCCAGGAAUAGUGCCACUGAACAAACUCCAGGGAAUAAGUGAAUUCUCUAGGGCACAAAUCUGAGUAAUGGUGUGCUGGAUAGAUUACUGUACCACCAUUAGGUUUUAAUAAUGAAAACAAAAGACUGAGAGUAAAUGGGAUAUGAUCCGAAUUAGACUGGACAAGCCAAAAGUCUGUUCCUACAGGAUAUAUGAAGGAAACGUCUUCUGGAUAAUAUGGAAAAGUUAAAGUGGGCUCUUCAAACUUUGCCAUUUGUAACAUCUCCUCUUUUUACAUUUGCGAGUAGAGCAGGCUUUAGUUAGUUGAUGGUGUGGCAGUCAUGUUUUCUCCUCCUCUCUUAAAACACAAAAACACAAAUGUCACAUCUCCUCUGCCAAGGCCAAUUGAUAAUUUGAGAGGAACUGAGCUCCUAUGUCAAGAUUGCAGGGCCAUCGCUGCACCUGUUCCAAUUUCAUACCAUCUCAAGUGAGCCUGCUCUCCCAGAUGAGCCUUCAUUGUUUUCUCAGAAGCUUGAGAGAAGAAUUAAUUCAAAAGGGAAAUAGACUUGAGGGGUAGGCAGAGAGAAGAACUGGGAUAAUACCAAUAUAUUUAUUUUCAUGUAAAUACCAAAAGAGCCAUUGCCCUACAUUAAUUCAAGUAGCUCUUACCCAUUUCCUUUACACAUCCUGAGACAGGAGUCUUACUAGGUCAAGGGUCUUAUAGGAAGCAUCUUUUGUCACUGCAGUGACUCAUUAAGAGGGGAUGUACAUGCAGUAAAGCCUUGAGCCGGGACAUGUUACUUUUUUGGACUACAGCUCCCAAAAUUCCCCUGCAAUCCAAAAAAUUUCUGGUAGUGCCUGUCUGAAUGUCACUUAGGUAGGACAGAAGUAAUCAACUUGUGUUUUUUCAGGGGCCAAUUCUGCUUUCCACACAGUGAUGCAGGUAGUGCCACAUUACCUGGCCCCUUUUACAAAUAGCCAGGCUCUGUACUAAAGUUGGCAUCACCUCGCAAUAAGGAACUCUGCAGAUCCACAGCAUACCAAUCAGGCAUAAACAGGGCAUUGUGUUCAAAACCCAGAGUGGGAGAACAUGAAAAUUGUGGGGCUCCCUCACACAUGACAUUUGAAAACAAUUGUCCUCAUAAGUAGACCUCUGGGCUAGAGUUUUUAUUAUCAAAAUAUAGGAGGGCCACCAUGAGAAAUUGUUUCACAGGGCACCAGUCAGCCAUACACAAUAAGAGGCUGAGCUGGAUAUAGUUUUGGAUCCCCCCCCCCCAAAUGUAUGCCUUCAUUCUGUUUCAGGCUAUAUUAUUAUUGAAGUAGCUAAUUUUUUCUUGUUAUAGGUUAGAAGAACACAUAAAUGCAGUUGACUUUUUUUUCUUUCCCUUAAACUGGAUUUUCUGAGUAUUCAAAAGUGCAAAUCAUCCAAUUUACUGGAUUAUUCACACAAAUACAAUGGAAGAUGGUAGAACUUGUCACUUUAGACUGCAAUUUGACUUCUAAGUGGCAAUGUAGUUUUGAAUUACGGAUGCAUUCACACACACACACACACACAGAGUUAGCAGUUUCAUCUUGGGCUUAGUUACAACACAUACAUGCCCAUAAGUGUAUAAAUGAAGAUUACUUAAACACAGGUCACAUUGAAAAUCUCCAUUAGUUGGAAUAAUAUUUCCCAUAACUGCUUAAAAUCCUCAGAUAAAGCCACAUACUCAGUUUGAUUGAGCAUGAAUCUGACAUGGGCGUUGUGCUCCCAAACUAGUUGUCGAGUUACAGCAUGCUGUCCCCCACUCCCUACUCCAUUUCUGUUAUGAGGCCCUCUUAGCUAUAAUUAUUAAAAGCCGGGGGGAUGACUUGGCUAAAGUAAAAGGCAGUCAUGGGUGGAAUUUGUGGAUUUCAUUAAGUGCCCCCACAUUUCCUUCCAUAAUUCAGUCCUUGUUUACAUUAGGCUCUUUAGAAAGGAUGAGGUCCUACUAGGACAGUACAAUAGUGCAACAGACCUUUACACUAGUGGUUUAACUUUCUGCGAACUUGCACAGGGAGAAGGUAAAGGUAGUGAUGCUGGCAGUAGCAGUGAGGAAAUGGAGCCACUAGCACCACAGCUUAUUCCUUAAAUGCCUGGCUUCCAGGGAUAAGAGGUAUCCUUAGAGACAAAGCAUUCUGGAAGGGGUGGCUUAGACAAUUACCCGUCCCAUGGUGCAGGUGAUUGCCCAAACCAUCUCUCCUGGAGGGCCUUGAUUUCACCAUUUGAGGAAUAAGCAGCACAGAGUCAGCAACCCCAGUCUCCAGUUGGCAUCAGUGAUCACUGCCCCCCCCCCCAACAUUAAUAGUUUUGGUGGCUUCUGUUUUACUUCCACCACUGGAAUAACUAUGCUGGCUGAACCAGUAGGAAUCUGGCCACAUUGUACUUUUAUGAAAGGCUGAUUCUGAUUUACCAUGAAACUGAAAGGUCUGGUUUUUAAAAGUCACUCUAACCUUUGUUUGGACUUUCUUCUACAUCAGGAGUAAGCAGUCUGUGGUCCUGUGGAUAUAAGUGAACUACAACUCUCAGCCCUGACAACUGGUGAUGCUGACUGGGACUGGUUGGAGAUGGUAAUUCAAAACCACCCUGAACACUUAAGGGGCUAUGCAGACUGGCAGGAAAAUCCAGGUUGGGCACAGAGUUGGGGUGUGGUGUCAGUGUGAUCCAGGCCCUGGCUCCACCCCCCAGGCUGGUGUGAUGCCACAUGGUGCACCAUGCAGUGCAUGGCAUCACAGUGCUCCUCUGGCACUGCAGAAGGAGCACCAUAAAGCUGUGCCACCGCAACUAUUGCGCCCUGCAAAGACCAGAUAGGAGAUGCAGUGUGUGGUUGCCACAGUCCCGAUCUGGCUGUAAAAGAGGCAGCUUGCAUAGUCCCUCAGUUGCCAAGAUUUAUCCCUGUCUUCCCAGUAGAGUCAAGUCAGUUGCUUCAGCACUAAAAAACACAUCCUAGUUUGUUGCCCAAUUAUUUCCUUACCUUUGUCCCAUUGGAAGAGAGUUUAUUAUCCAACAUAUUUAAUUACUACAUAUUUAUUAACUGUUUUGGUCUCUGUCUUUUAUAAAAUAACAUAUAGAGAAAAGGAUUGCAUGGGUGAGAAGUGCUAAAUCCUUCACCAGCCCAUUGCUUAUGUCUCCAGUCUCCACAGCAUCUCCCCUCACCAUAGGGCCGGCUUCUCUCUACUUUGUGGAAAGUGAUACUAAGGUAACAGUUGGCAGACAGAAUAACUGGAUACAGAGGGAUAUUUUCUAUCUCAUAUACAUCUGUUUUUGCAAACACUACACCUCACCCUCUCUCCCCACCCAAUAAAAUUUGGUGAUGGAAGGGAAAGAAAGGGCAUUAUUGUAAAACAUGGCAGACAGUGAACAUGUGGCUUGUUUAGAAAUGCAUUGUGUUCCUAGAAGCACAGUUUAUUUUAAAGACAAGGGCUGGAAUCCAGUUGGUGUCUUAAUACACAUGUAAUGAAACUGAUAGACAUUUCUAUCUGAUGCACAGUGUCCAUAUUCAGUUCAAAGGCACUGAAGCAGAGUUGCACAUUUGAUGCUGCUAUGCAUGUGGAUGUACAUUUCUACUGAUGCAUAUCUAUCUGUCUCGGUUGAAACGGGGUGGUAGUACUCCUUUGAUUGUGUAUCUGGUUGUGUAUACAGUUGUCCAUUCAGUAGUACAAAAUUGCAGUUCAAUACAAGGGUUGUAUAGCACAAUGUAGGUAUAAUUUUGCAUGUGGAGAUUUCCACUAUUUCAACCUGAAUCAGGAUCUCAGGCAAGGUGUGUACUCGCCACAUAAAUGAAAUUGUGGCUCCCCUUCCUUUAGAGCCCUUUGGUUGGUGGUGGUGGCAGGAGUGGGGUUGUGUUCUAGACUAGUGAUGGCAAUGUGCCCACAGAGAGGGCUCUGAGUACCACCUCUGGCAUAGGUUCGCCACCACUGUUCUAGACCCUGGCUGGCAAUUUCAUGGGGGAGCCAUUGCAGUGCAUCACCUGACAGAAAGUUUCUCACCUC